GCAAAAAAGACGCUGUGGCAGCUGGUUCUGGAGCAGUUCGACGACCUGCUGGUCCGGUCUGCAUUCGUGUCCUUCCUCCUGGCGUACUUCAACUCCGAACAGAAGGAGGAAGGCUUAUCGGCUUAUGUCGAGCCGCUGGUGAUCUUGCUGAUCCUUGCCAUCAAUGCUUGCGUCGGCGUGUGGCAAGAAUCGAACGCCGAAAAGGCUCUCGACUCCCUCAAGAAGAGCUCCAACGGCGCAUGGCACAUCGGUGGUUUCUGCUUCGGCCAGGGCACUGAGGAGUCGAGCAAAGCCGCCGAGAUCAGGGCCCACGUGACGUGGGAAGGCCAGCGAGGUUUGAAUGAGAUGGGGCCGGUGAAGCUCGUGGCUUUCGAUGCCACGGAGCAGCGUUGGGGUACAGUGAAGGACACUUGGGGGAAAGAGGCCUGCGAGGACAAGAUCGACUCCGCCAACAUGGUGCGCCUACUCAACAAGACCAAGGUCAAGUUCAACUUCCGCAUCAAGGUGCACCAGACCAGUGCCCCUCGCGACUGGCACUUCGCACUCCUGACAUGUGGUGAGGUGGAGCGAGCACCUUUGGUGCUGACCUUGGAAGCGACGAAGGGCGCGAUGAACAUGUUCGCGGCGAACUCCAAUUUCGACUCCUCCAGCUGUCCCGUCACGAAUGCCUCUUGGUUCGUAGCCGCCAGUGACGAUGCAGGGUUUUGGGUCCUCCUCGUGGGGGCUCUCUUGCUGGGGGCCUGCUCGGUUCUGUGCGUACUCGUGUGCCGGCAAUUUCGUGGCAAAGGGAAGGAGGAGGCGAGCAGCCUCCAACUUCCUCCUCCGGCAGUCAGUGGUGCGGAACCCGUCAUCGGCAGGCCUUGUACGGCGGUUGGUGAGGAGAAGAUUGUGGACGGCCAGAUCAGAGCCAACCCGCAGCUAAGUGAGGCAGCCACUGCCAACAGCUCUGAGAUGGCAUCUCCAGAGAGCGAUGUCUAG